AUUAUACUAGUGAAAGAGAGCCUCGUGUUCACAUCCUAGGGGUGACAUUUUGACAAAAUUUCUGACUCCACCACUAGUCUGAUUUGAUAUCAAUGGCUCAUGCAUUGGGGCACGACGUGGUGUUUGAGGAUUUUUUCCCUUCUAUGGUGGAGAAACUUGGAGCUGAGGGAUUCUUGAAGGAGCUAAGCAAUGGAUUUAGGGUUCUAAUGGAUGAGGAGAAGGAAGUCAUAACAUUUGAGAGCUUGAAGAAGAAUUCAGAGUUGUUGGGAUUAAAGGACCAUAUGAGUGAUGAUGAGGUGAUGUGCAUGUUGAGUGAAGGUGAUUUGGAUGGUGAUGGUUGUUUGAAUGAAAUGGAGUUUUGUGUAUUAAUGGUACGUUUAAGUCCUGAUUUAAUGGACAUUUCAAGAAUGUGGUUGGAGGAAACUCUUGCUAAGUUGUAAUUAG